CGGAGCGGAGAAGGCGAGAGGAGAAGAGCGGAGCGGCCUUCGGGCUCCUGUGUUGGUGCCGGGCGCAGGUGAGGACGGCGCGGCCCGGGUCUCAGGCUCGUAGCAGAGGAACCUGUAAGAUUUGGACAUGUCCUUUAUAUUUGAUUGGAUUUACAGUGGUUUCAGUAGUGUACUGCAGUUUUUAGGACUGUACAAGAAAACUGGUAAACUCGUAUUCCUUGGAUUGGAUAAUGCCGGGAAAACUACCCUCCUGCACAUGCUUAAAGAUGACAGAUUGGGACAACAUGUCCCCACGCUACAUCCAACUUCAGAAGAGCUGACAAUUGCUGGUAUGACUUUCACAACUUUUGAUCUAGGUGGACAUGCCCAAGCUCGCAGAGUGUGGAAAAACUAUUUGCCUGCCAUCAAUGGCAUUGUUUUUCUGGUGGAUUGUGCAGAUCGUGAAAGACUGACUGAAUCUAAGCAAGAGCUUGAUGCACUAAUGACAGAUGAAACAAUUGCUAAUGUGCCUAUCCUAAUUCUUGGUAACAAGAUUGACAGACCAGAAGCUAUCAGUGAAGAAAGGUUACGAGAGAUGUUUGGUUUGUAUGGCCAGACAACAGGAAAGGGGAACGUCCCAGUGAAGGAGCUGAACACGCGGCCCUUAGAAGUUUUCAUGUGCAGUGUGUUAAAGAGGCAAGGCUAUGGUGAAGGUUUUCGUUGGAUGGCACAGUACAUUGAUUAAUGCCAAAAUCACAUUAGUACAAACGAUCCCAAACCUGUUAUUUGAUCAUUCAGUGUACAUAACUUGAACUCAGUAGAUUUUUGGUUAUGGAAGUGUAUUUUUCUUUUUUUAUUAUUGUAUCAAUUGUGUUAAAUUUUAAGUGUAAAGACUGAAAACAGAUUUUAAGGAAGUUUGUCAAUUUGGAUCUUGUAACACUAGUCUUCAGUUCUAUAAAAACAUAAAAGCUUGUCUGUUGUCUGCAGUCCCUCUUUUUUUUUUCUUUCAUUCUUUUUUAAAAGUACUUUCCACCACAGUAUGUUUGGAAUGCACUUUUUAACUGUUCAGCCCUACAGACUUGUUGGUCAUAUUUAAUGCUCAUCAUGUCAAAUUUUAUGUACUUUUUUCAAAACUGGUUUUAUAAAUGUAGAGUGUAUAACUGCCUCUCAGAGAAUAGUAAUGAAUCAGCUUAUGGAUAAUUGCAUGAUGCCUUACAGUUUUCAAUAAUAUACUUUCUUAUGCAACGUCAUGCAAUAAAACUAAACCCCGUUUCUUGGCAUUUUUAA